AGCCACAAGCGAGCCGGAACUGGUAGUUGUUUGCUGGUCUACCUGAACAAUAGCACUGAAUAACGAACCAGAUAUUAGCAGUUGUUUUGAUAAACCUUCCUUUUACCUUUAUCUACAAAAUUUACUUAAACAGAUCGCGCACUGGCAUUUCGUGGUGAUGUGCAGUUAUGUUUGAAUAUACUGCACAAAUGACAGCGUUAGCAUUAACCUUUAGCGAGCAACGCGUUCUGUAGACGGCAAUGGAUAAGCGCUAGUAUUUAUUUACACUGGAAUUACGAGUUGUGUGAAGCGUCACUUUACAGCAUUUAAAUCAUGACUACCGGUGCUGAUGUGAGGGACAUUUUGGAGUUGACGGGAGGGGAUAACGAUGGCCCGAUCAGUAAGAAAGACCUCAUCAGUUCUGACAAGAAAAAAUCCAAGAAAACAACUGAAACGUUGACCUUCAAGAGGCCAGAGGGAAUGCACAGAGAGGUCUAUGCGCUACUGUAUUCUGAUAAAAAGGAUGCGCCCCCAUUGCUGCCCAGUGACACCACCCAGGGCUACAGGACAGUCAAAGCCAAACUGGGCUGUAAAAAGGUUCGUCCAUGGAAAUGGAUGUCCUUCAGUAAUCCAGCCCGAAGGGAUGGUGCCAUAUUCCACCACUGGCGACGGGUGGCAGAGGAGGGCAAAGACUACCCUUUUGCCCGCUUCAACAAGACAGUGCAGGUACCUGUUUACUCGGAGCAGGAAUACCAGCUUCAUCUCCAUGACGACAGCUGGACUAAGGCAGAGACGGACCACCUGUUUGAUCUGUGCAAACGCUUUGACCUGCGCUUUGUAGUUGUGCACGACCGCUAUGAUCACCAGCAGUACAGAAAACGGUCCGUAGAAGACCUCAAAGAACGCUACUAUGGUAUUUGUGGAAAGCUGACCAAGGUCCGUGCGCCUUCAGGGACCGAGCCCAAGAUAUACAUCUUUGACGCUGGUCAUGAAAGGCGACGCAAAGAGCAGCUGGACAAACUCUUCAAUCGUACACCUGAACAAGUGGCAGAAGAGGAAUAUCUGCUCCAGGAGCUGAGAAAGAUUGAGACAAGGAAGAAGGAGCGGGAAAAGAACGCUCAGGAUCUGCAGAAGCUCAUCAAAGCGGCUGACACGACCACAGAGUUGAGACGAGCCGAAAAGAGAGUAUCCAAAAAGAAACUUCCACAAAAAAGAGAAACAGAGAAACCGGCUGUUCCAGAGACAGCAGGCAUCAAAUUCCCAGAUUUUAAAUCUUCUGGGGUUACACUGCGCAGCCAGAGGAUGAAACUGCCUGGAUCGGUGGGCCAGAAGAAGAUCAAGGCAAUUGAGCAGAUUCUGGUGGAUCAAGGAGUGGAUCUCAACCCAAUGCCGACAGAAGAAAUUGUGCAGAUGUUCAACGAGCUGCGAAGUGACCUGGUGCUCCUCUACGAGCUGAAGCAGGCACACAGCAAUUGUGAGUACGAACAACAGAUGCUGCGUCACCGCUAUGAAGCCCUGCUGAAGGCCGGCAACGGAGGAGCAUGUGGCAUUAUGGCGACGUCUGCACCGCAAAGCGUAGAACCCGGUGGCGGUAACAGCAUGACUGCAUCCACUCCGGUGGGGGAAGCCCAGACGUGGCCCAGCACUGAUGACAUCAAGGUUGAAGCCAAGGAACAGAUCAUUGAUGUGGUGGGAGCUCCACUGACCCCCAACUCACGCAAACGGAGAGAAUCAGCAUCCAGCUCUUCAUCAGUGAAGAAGGUGAAGAAGCCUUGAUGAGGACAUGUACAAGGUGGGGACAGGAACAAGGGCUCACCUUAAGAAAACAUGACAGCUGAACAUGUGAGACAUGGCAGAGCAGAAUGCCACACACAUAUACACACACACACACACAGUCCCAAACUUCUCAGCUACUAAGGGCACCUGCCUGAGCCAUCUGGGCUCAGCUCGCUCACCAUCAUUGGGACAAAGGCGACGACUGAGUGACAUUUCAUUCCAUUACUGCUCUUCUUCCUGCCUUACCAAUGUUCAGCAUUAGAUGAGGCAAGGUCAACUGUAAAUUGCCAGGCUGAACUAAUCGGGACAUGGGGAGGAAGAUGGGAAUGACUUUGUAAUUGAAGUGAAUUGGAAUGAAAGGGGAGGCUCUGGAGUGGGAAGACCAUAAUCCACAAGGCUCCUUAGACAUGUUUUUGUGUCCUAAUAGUGCUGCAACGUUGACUGAAGAUGUGUUUGUAUACUCUUGUAGUGCUGACUAGCUCUGCUUCCAUCACUGCAGACUCAUUUCUGUUGUUUGUCCUCAGGUGACCUUGAUGAUGCUUUCGUCAAUGUUUCAAUAAACCGCAUUGUGUUAUUUCA